AAAAAUUUGUCUCCCCAAAAAAAAAACACAAAAACACAGGAUUUUCGCGACAAAUUAACCAAAUCGAGGGUGUUUCAAGUGCUCCUGUCAUGUUCCUGCGUCACAAACAACACGAGAUCGCCUGAAAUUCGCCACAAAUCUCGCAAAAAAACCAAAACUCGAAUUCACAAAGAAUUGCCUGCAUCCAUCCUGCGCUGAAGAAAUUGCAAAUAAAAUAGAGAAAAAUAGUGAUUUGAGAGCGAAAGCGGACCAAGUGCAUCGAAAUUUGACUGGGAAUUGACAAGAAACAACCGAAAAAAGGAGAAAAAAAAUUAAUUUUUUGUUUGAAUAAGAAAAAAAUUCAAAAGUAGUCAUGGCGUUUGAAAUCUGUUUAUCGCCAUGGACACGGAUGAUGUAGAAACGUCAACGAGCAGCACAAUGUCAAGUCUCAACAGUUUAUUCUCGUUCACGAGCCCCGCCGUGAAAAAAUUACUCGGCUGGAAGCAGGGCGACGAAGAAGAAAAAUGGGCAGAAAAAGCCGUAGAUUCCUUAGUGAAGAAACUCAAAAAACGAAAAGGCGCCAUCGAAGAGCUCGAACGUGCUCUCUCGUGUCCCGGGCAACUAUCCAAAUGCGUUACAAUCCCCCGUUCGCUUGACGGGCGUUUACAAGUGUCACAUCGCAAGGGUUUGCCGCACGUAAUUUACUGUCGCGUAUGGCGCUGGCCCGACUUGCAAUCACAUCACGAACUGAAGCCCAUUGAUGCGUGUCGUUUCCCCUUUAGCGCAAAAGAAAAGGAGGUUUGCAUCAAUCCGUAUCACUACAAACGCGUUGAAUCGCCUGUUUUGCCGCCCGUUCUCGUGCCACGUCACUCGGAAUAUGCACCCGGACACUCGAUGUUGCCGUUCCAUCAGCUCAACGACACAAAUAUGCCGCAUAACGUGAGUUACUCGACGCAAGGCUUUAAUUCGCAUCUCGGGCCACAAUCUCCUCUUUCCUCGCACAUCGGACCCAACAGCCCAGGCGCUUCGAGCAUCUCAAGCCCAGGUCCCGGCGCCAAUUCGAAUCCUACAAGUCCCUAUGGCUCGUUGCCCGAAACGCCUCCGCCUGCUUACAGUCCCUCGGAAGAUGGCACGAACGCAAAUUCCACUGGCGACGCUCCCAUGGAUACGCAAAUGAACGAAGUGGCGCCCGUGAGUUAUCAAGAGCCGCCAUAUUGGGCCAGUAUCGCGUAUUACGAGCUCAAUUGUCGCGUCGGCGAGGUAUUUCACUGCAAUCAAACGUCCGUGAUAGUGGAUGGCUUCACGAAUCCCUCGAACAAUUCGGAUCGUUUCUGCCUCGGGCAACUCAGUAACGUCAAUCGCAACAGCACAAUCGAAAAUACGCGACGUCACAUCGGCAAAGGCGUUCAUUUGUAUUACGUGGGCGGCGAGGUGUAUGCCGAAUGUCUCUCUGAUGCCGCAAUUUUCGUGCAAAGUCGCAACUGCAACCACCAUCAUGGCUUUCAUCCGAGCACCGUGUGCAAAAUUCCGCCCGGAUGCUCGCUCAAAAUCUUCAAUAACCAGGAAUUUGCUCAACUUUUGUCGCAAUCCGUGAAUCACGGCUUCGAGGCGGUCUACGAACUCACGAAAAUGUGCACGAUCCGCAUGAGUUUCGUGAAGGGAUGGGGCGCCGAAUACCACAGACAAGACGUCACAUCGACUCCGUGCUGGAUCGAGAUUCAUUUGCAUGGACCGCUGCAGUGGCUCGAUAAGGUCCUGAUUCAAAUGGGAUCGCCACACAAUGCCAUCAGCUCCGUGUCAUAAACUAACGAUGGAAACAUUUUCAGUAGUAGCGUUAAGCGUGUUGUUGCUUUGUCUCUCCGUGUUUUUGUGUGAAUGGACAAAUUUUUUCUAGAAAAACUUUUUUUUUCGAACAUUGACGACGAACAACGUCCCAAAAAUACUUUUAAAAAAAAAACUUAGUGCCAUUGCAUAUUUACAAAAUUUGCAACAACAACCACAAAUUGGUCUUUGUCGAUGCCUAAUUAUUAUUAAAAAAAAAUUAUACAAGAAAAUAGUUUUUAAGAAAGAAGCUUUUUAAAAUAUUUUUAAUUUUUUUUCAUCUCAAGGCCUUCUCAAAAAAAAUUUUUUUUUAAUUUUUAUGUGAUUUUACAAAAAAAAAAAAAAAAAAUAUUCAACAAGUGCAUUAUUUUGACGCAAAAAUGACCAGAAAGUGCCUAAAAAUGGUCAAGAAAAAAAAAUCCAAAAGUGCAGUUUUCAUAAUUUUUCGCAAGAAAAAAUGAAGAAAAAUAAGAAUUUUAUUGCAAUUUUUAAUUAAAAUUAAUUUUUAUUGUUUAGCAAAUUUAUAAAUUUUUUAAAAUAAAUUUUAAGAAAUUCUAAGACAAAUGAAAAAUUAUUAAAAAAAAAGAAAAUAUUUUAAAAGUGUAUUUUAAAGAUUUAAAAAAAAAUAAUUUUAAUAAAAUAUUCUCCUAUAAAUAUAUAUUUACCUAUAUGAUAGAGUUUAGUGUGUAUUUACGAAAAAAAAAUAUAUAAGAAAAACUAUUAAAAUAAUUGUAAAAGGAUUUUUGGUCGAAAUUUUAUUGUAAGAGUGAAAGUUUAACCAAAAUUGUAAUUUUUCUAAAGGAUGUUCGCUCAAAAAAAAUUCUUUGAGCAAUUUUGGAAAUUUUUCACUCGAAAUCCUUUAGGAAGAAUGUCGCAUGCAUGUAAAAAUUAGCUUAGAACUUGACU